GUGCUGCUGCUCUCUUUGCAGGACGCAGCCUCCGGCACGAACCUUACCCGAGCGCUGCUGGGCUGCGUCGAGAACCACGUGCUCUUCGUGCACCCCAUGCUCGCCAAGACCUCCCGCCUCUCGGUGGCCUACGAGCAGCAGGCCCUGGGACGCUGCCUGCGACUGGGCCAGACCAG